GAACUAUGGUUCAUUUUCUUGUGACGUUCUCCAAAAACGGCUAUAUUAGCCUACCUGUGAAGUUUUUAUGCCGUUGUUAUGGUUGUCAAAGCGGUGCCUCGUUAGUUUGGCGCUGAAAUGAACGGUCGCUCUGAAGGCGCGCACUCCUGGCGCUCGUCGCACCUGACGACAAACGGUCGCGCUGUCACGUCAUUCACUUCAGCUCUGACUGAGCGCAAACUGAGCAUCACGCCAUGCAGACCUGCUUCUACACUCCGCUGCCCUGUCUGAUGCAGGAUAAUGCAAUGAAUCCAGGCAACCAGUCUUACAAUGAAGACCUUCUGAGCUUUGCCACAGGGGAGUAUCAAUCCACAGACACACAUUUAAUGACACAUAAAGUGUCAAACCACACCGAUCUGGAUCUUUCUUUAGAACUCAACAGACAGGCCCUGACAACAUCGUUCCAGACAGACUCAGUGUCACAGUGCAUGACUGAGUGGCUAAAUGAAGAUCAUUCUCCAGAGCACUGCUGGAUCUCUCUGCUGGCUCAAGAGCAGCCAUCAGAUCCAUCUUCCACAGCUUUAACUAACUCCAGCACUGAAACACAGAGCCCAGCAUCAGAGGUCAAGCCGCAUCUGUGGUCCAGCUGGAUUGACCUUCUGUGUGGAGAUCCCGAAGACUGUCCUACAGUCUCCAAGCGCAUCAGGUUUGAUAAUGAACUUGAACAGCUUGAUUUGAAGGCCCAGGAUCAAAUGGUUCCUGAGGAUGUAACUAAAGAGUCAACCUUGGCUCAGGAUCAUAGCCUUGAGUUAUCCUCUGAAAAGCAGAGGGUGAACAUAUUUGGGGCUUUCAAUGGGUUUCAGGUUUUCACUGAAACCUCAACAGUCAGGUCUGAUAUAAACAUCAGCAGCGAUGGCGGUAAAGGUUUGUGUUUUAAGACCUCAAUCAGAGAUCAUAGUACAGUAAAGACCAAGGUUUUCCCACAUGGGAAGGCAUUCACCUCUCACACACCAAGUGGAUCUUGUCGAUUCCUUUGGGUUCCUAAUGAGAGCUGAACACCUAUGUUACUCAAAUUGUUGAGUGAGUUGAAAACUUAACAGCAUUCCAUGUAGAGCCGAGGUGUUUUGUACAGCUUAGA